AUGUUGCUUGUUUUAGUAUCUUAUGGAGUUCGCUUAUCACCGCCUACGACGUCAACACUCGCCCCAACUACAUCACCGACUCAGGCAGCGCCGACCAUAAGCCAGGAACUGGCAACCGGACUGCCUCCACAAAUAUGCGCUGAUGCCAAUAGCCUCACGACGCCUCUUGGAAAAUUACGAACCGCGAUGCGAAAUACAAGUUAUACACAAAUGAAUGCCUUUUUCGAUGCUUUUCUCGUGUUCUACAGUGAUGAACAUUUGAGCGAGGAGCCAUCUCCCGAGGAACGGCGUCUAGAGUACAUCAGCGGAUGGGAAGGAGUAGGUACCGCAGCCGUUCUUGCGGACGGUGGAGCCGCAAUUUGGGUUCCAGCAGGCGACGUCCGUCGUGCACGUGCCUUGCUCUCCUGCGCAUGGCUUGUGAUCGAUGGAGAUGAUCCUAGUCAGCCUACAAUCGUCGAAUGGAUUUCUGAGCGCCCAGGGCGUAACGGUCGUAUUGGUGGAGACGCAAGACUUACAUCUGUUGGCGAAUGGCAAAUGCUGUCUGCAAACUUGCAACGCGAAGGCUUACAGCUGGUCCAUAUGCCGACACUUGUUGAUCAGUUAUGGAAUGAGGAAAUGGAUCCAAUGAAACGUCGUCCAGAGUUUUCCAGAAUUGUGGCCAACUUACACAAGAUGGACUAUACAGGAGUGACCUGGCGUGAGAAAGUAUGGGCAGUUCGCAAUGAGUUGCGAUCGAUGGCCGCGGACGCGAUGGUGGUGACCGCUUUAGACGAGGUGGCGUGGCUUCUUAACAUUCGCGGAAGGGACAACCCCUAUGCACCGCUUCUGAAAGCAUUUGUUAUCAUCAGUAGCAAAGACGUCCGCGUGUAUGCACCGCCGGGAAAACUCUCCAUGCCCGUUCGAGAAAUUCUUUCAGUUUACAACUGUUAUACGAAUUCAAAUAACUGUACAAGGGUGAAUGAAUACACGACCAUCUACUCGGAUUUACGCCGAGCCACCGAAUCGAAAAUCCUAAUACCAACGGCCGGGACUUUUCAAAGAGGUGCAUCAGCGGCGAUUGCUCAGAGUGUUUCACAAGCAAAAAGAUUAUUUCAACCGUCUCCUAUUGUUUACCUGAAGGCACAGAAAAAUCAAGCGGAAAUAAAAGGAAUGCGCAAAGCACAUCUACGUGAUGCAGUCGCCAUGUGUACGGUCAUGUGUUACAUGGAAACCAUGGGAAAGUCAAGUUUGUAUGAAAAGACGGUAGCAAUGAAAGUUGACCUAACCCGUGCCACUCAGGCCGGCUACGUCAGUCUGUCCAUGCAGACACGCGUCGCGUUCGGCCCAAACGGCGCUGUACCAGAGUACAAAGCUACUAACGACACCAAUCGCCGGAUAUUCACUAAUUCCACGCUGGUGAUACAAUCUGGUGGACAAUACGACGAGGGUACAACGACAGUGACUCGCACACUACACUAUGGUACACCCUCGCGAGAAGAGCGUAAAGCGUACACCAGCGUACUUCGGUCGCUUGCCGCAUUUGGGACACUGCUAACACCUGCGACUCUGCCCGCUGCGCACACGGACCCGGUAGUCAGGGCGCCGCUUUGGAGUUUCAAGCAGGAUUACAUUCCUCCUACGGGACAUGGUGUGGGAGCUGCUUUAAAUCGAAGAGAAGAUCCCGUUGUAAUAGACUACAGGCAAGACACUAAUCUCCAUACAUUUAGAGAAGGAUACUUUAUAACCAUUGAACCAGCGUGGUAUGAAAAUAGGAAGUUUGGAGUGAAAUUAGGAAAUGUUCUUGAAGUUGUACCUCGUCCUAGUAACUAUCUGGGCUUCCGUGAGGCGACGCUCAUACCAUUUGAACCUAAGUUGAUUGAUAAAAACCUCCUUACUGAAUACGAGAUUAACUGGUUAAACGCUUACAACGAUCGGAUUAGACAAACAGUUGGUCCUGAACUGAACAUCCAAGGUUUAACUGACGUUUACUACUGGAUGAUGAACAAAACUAUCAAAUUAGAGUCACCAAGAGCCAAGAAGAAUAAUCCCAACUCCGCUGUGUCUUAUAAAAGUUUACAAAUAACUACUUUGAUAGUAACCGUCAACUGUAUUCUGAAUAACUAUUAAAUUAUUUAUCUGUGGUGUAGAAAUAUAGCUUAACCGUUUCAUUUAAGUUUAGCUAAAGCGAAAAUGUUACUUGUUUUUUUAACAUGGAACGAUGAGAUAAAGGAGACAAGCCUGUAAUUAUGAACAUCUUUUGCAAGUUACAAUGGAAACAGUAUUUUUAAAUGAAUGCGCUUAUUUCAAGAACUAGCAAUCCGAUUUGAAUUAAUAUGCUUGCACUAGAUAGCCCGUUUUAUAAUAAAAUUAUAGGCUAUAUAACUUAACGCUACAACUCCAAAGUGUAGGUAGAGGUAUUUAGUAAUGAGAUACUCUUAAUUAUGUACUACAAGAAUAUAUAAUUCCAAUAUAAGGGUGUAACGCAGACUCAACGAGGUUAUAUAUUAAUCGUAAUAAGCCCCAAGGUUUGGAAUAAUGAAUCCAACGUUAACGCUCUUUGAUAUAAUGAGGAAGUAAAGUGACAAAAAUAUAAUUAUUUAUUAAUAAAUUUUAACUGUAAUAGGUACUCAAGAUAAAUCUGCUAAGUUCAGUUCCUGAUGUUCUCCAUUUUAAUAGUAGCUUCGUGAUAUUUGAAUGAUAUAAAAAUAAUAGACUAUUAUUUUAACUUGCAUUGCAUAAGCAGUCCUUAUUGCACACA